AUGAACCUGAGCAUUACGAUACGAGGAGGCCUGAACGGGUCAAGCAGCGGAACUAGCCAAAGUGGGUCCAAAAAAUAUGGCAGUAACGUGCUGCACAAAAAGAAGCUAAAAAAAGACGUUCCAGAAAAGAGGAAAGGAAAAAUCGUGGCAAAAAAAUCUAAAAAUCUGAGUCCAAAAUUAGGAAGCAGUAUUUCUGUCUUACCUUCUGAUAAAAGAAAUAACUUACAUUCGCUGGAAAGAGUUCUUUCUGAGGUGGGGGAUGGGGACAGCCACCACCAGGGGUGGAGGAAGUACGCACACAAGUUCGGCCUCCUGGGACGGUUCGUUUCGAAGGGGCACACAGGGAGCGGCAGUUCGGGAGGAACAAAAAACGGAGGAAGUUUAAAAGGAACAACACACAGCGGAAGCAAUUCGCAACGGUCCGGGAAGAAAAGUACCCACCCCAACCAUACGGGAAGCAAGUUGGUAAAACAAGACGCAAAAGCAAACACACAAGAAGAAAAAAAAAAAAGCCAUUUGACUAAUUUGCAAAAAAAUACUCCUCCAAGGAAAAACAAAAAUUUCUACUCAUCCAACUUAAACACACCAACUGUUUCCACCGGAGGAAAGAAAAGUUACAAACUGAGUAAGCUACUAACACCUCUGGAAAAGUUUGGAAAAAAAAAAAAAAAUAGAGCUAGCCGAAAUUUUCUGGGAUUAAAAAAGGGGGUAAACAUGACUAAGGGGUCAAGCAGCAAGGCAGAAGGUGAGACCUCCCAAAAUGAGGCUUCACAAAAUGGGGACGCACAAAAUGGACUGCCCGUUGGGAAGACAGGUUCUGGCAACAACCACCAAGAGGGGGACCCCACCGAUGGAGCCAAGCAGUCCGUCACUGCAUCAUCUUCCCUUACCAAAGGGGCCGAAGUGGACAUCGAACAGGUAGGUCACCUUACAGGGAAGUCACCUGAAGAGCAGGAGAAUCUAUCCGGAGAAGCACCCUUCGGAAGGUACACAGCAGAACCAACCAAUCCUUACUUCACCAAAGGGGAGUACGACCCGUCAAAGGAUAUACUUCGAGAGCAGACAUGUUUCUACGACGCAGGGAGGGUCUCUGCUAGUUUGCUGCCCGGUUACAAAGAAGUAAGCUUCGAGGGGAUAGCUGCAGCUGAAGGGAACAACGCAUCUGCUACAGAGUCCAGCAAGGUACAAAGAAAUGCUAUGUAUCUGCCGAACCGAUUUUAUAGUCAUCAUAACUUUAACCCAGUCAGAAGUCAGGGUGGUCAAGACGAGGCCUACUACAUUAACGGGUUAAGAACGUUGGAUGGUUCUCUCUUCACUUCGGUCGACCUGUCUCAGGGGACAAUCCACAAGCAGUACAACAUCGGGGUUACCUAUCCUUAUGGAGUUCCCUUUGUGGAUGUGAAGCAGAGGGGGAGGCCGUCACGGAGGUGA